AUGUCUGCACCAUCGUAUACGUUACCACCUCUUCCGUACGCCUAUGAUGCGCUGGAGCCGCAUAUUUCCAAGCAGAUCAUGGAAUUGCAUCAUGGCAAGCACCACCAAACUUACAUUACAAACCUCAACGCCGCAUUGAAGACACAAGCUGAAGCUGUGCAUACCUCCGAUAUCACCUCGCAGGUUGGCCUUCAAGCCGCUAUCAAGUUCAACGCUGGCGGCCACAUCAACCACUCGCUCUUCUGGCAGAACCUUGCCCCAGCCUCAUCCGCUGAGGCUAAGACAUCCGCCGCGCCGGAGUUGAUCAAGCAGAUUAACGCAAUCUGGGGCGACGAACAAGCUUUCUAUGAUGCGUUUAAGACCACUCUGCUAGGCAUCCAAGGCAGUGGCUGGGGAUGGCUGGUCAAGGUCGAGACAGGCAAGGAGCAAAGGCUGACCAUUGUGACCACGAAAGACCAGGAUCCUGUGGUGGGGAAGGGUGAAGUACCAAUCUUUGGUAUUGACAUGUGGGAGCAUGCGUACUACUUGCAGUACCUGAACGGAAAACCGGCGUAUGUAGAGAACAUCUGGAAGGUGAUCAAUUGGAAGACUGCGGAGGAGCGUUUCUUGGGGACGCGUGCAGAUGCCUUCAAGGUGCUGAGAGCAUCUAUUUGA